GCUCAAACGAUUUGUAUUGUAUACGCCCAGGAAGUGGCAAACAGGACGGGAGUGCAGAACGAGAGACUGUGUAACAAACUGCUAGAAAAGUUGUGAAAUAGUAGAUUUCACAAGUUAUCUGUUACAACGAUGUCUAGGAUAUUUAGUUGCUGUUGACAUAUUUCAUGGAAAAGAGUUUGAGCGAUAAGAUAAGGUUCACCGACCAAAAUGGGAAUAAAUGGCGGGUUUUGUUUUAAUUUCGCGUAGCCUCCAGCUAGACGGACAAGUUUUUACCCGAAAAGAUCUGAAUUUAGAAAACUGAAGGAAUACUGUACAAUUCCGAUCGGUAGCUUAAUAAAUGAAUUCGUUCGACGAGUAAGCUAUUACCAAUAUAAAGUUUUAUUUUAAACCUUGACUUUUUCUCUGAACUCCCUCCCGGAUCCUACUAACAUGACGCCCGACCUCCUUAACUUUAAGAAGGGCUGGAUGUCCAAACUGGAUGAGAAUGGAGAGUGGAAGAAGCACUGGUUUGUGUUGAAGGAUGCUGGUUUGAGGUACUACAGAGACUCUGGAGCGGAGGAGAAAGAUGACCUGGAUGGGGAGAUUGACCUGAAAUCUUGUGUAAAAGUUUCAGAGUUUGAUGUAGAGAAGAACUAUGGAUUUCAGAUACAGACGAGGGAGGCCGUUGUCACUCUGUCUGCCAUGACAGCUGGCAUCAGGAGGAACUGGAUCGAGGUUCUGAGGAAGAGUGUUCGGCCCAGCAGCUCUCCAGACCUUACGCAACUGCCUGACAGCAGCAGUGACAAAGAAAACUCUCGCUCCCUGGCGCCAACUCAUCGUUCACUUUCUCGCCACGGUGAUGCUCGAUCGGAAACCCCGUCGUCUGCCCCCGCUGUACACCGAUUUGACUGCGUGGAGCUAUCACCCGUGCCUGUCCCUUCCAGCCCUGUGCCAACCACUCAGAGGCAGGCAGGGGAGGGGCAGGGCAGGGAGCACAGCCAAUGGCAGGAAGAGAGGAGCAGAGAAGCGACCAGAAGCGCGUGGGAGCAGGUGCUGUUGAGGAAAGGGACGGGUGUAGACUCGGACCCGAGGAUAAGGGUAGAAGAGGAGAUUGAGAGAAAGUGGGCAGAGUUUGAGCGUCUGCCCUUAAAAGAGAUGAGGUCACUACUGCCGUUGGGCUCGCGUUCCAGCCAGCCAGCCAAUGAGGCGCUGCAGAGGGAGGUGGCGUCUCUGAGGCAGCAGCUGGAGAGUUUGCUGGGGGGAGGCGGGGGGGUGCGGGCAGGCGGAGGCGGGGGUAACGGCUGCGGUCCGGAGGCACCGUGCGGCCGCAGCCUGGAGGCCAUGGAGCGGGCCCACCGACAGGCCCUGGAGGAGCUCCAGAAGCAGCAUGCCCGUGAGACCCGGGAGCUGGAGAGGAACAGAGACCGACUGCUGCGAGAGGAGACCCUGGCCACGGCACGAGUUGUGGAGGCGCUGAAGAAGGCCCACAGGGACGAGCUGGAGCAUGAGGUGGAGAAGGCGAAGAGGCUAGGGGGAGGGAGUGCUGACACACAGACGCUACGCACACAGCAGCAGGUAGAGACCCAGGCCAUGCAGAGGGAACUGUCCAGUCUGUCUGAGAGAUACUCCCAGAAAUGUCUGGAGCUGAACAGGGCUCAGCAGAGCAGUGGGGAGAGGGAGAAAGACCUCAGUCGCAAGGAGAAAGAGAUGGAGCAGCUGAGAAAAGAGAACCAGGUCCUGCAGGCCCGUUUGAUGGAGGAGAUCGACCGCAUGCGUUCCGUCGCCACAGGACAAGUGUCCGAAGGCAUUUCCCAUGACAACCAGGCCAGGCCGUUCUGUGAGCUGGAGGUUCUUCUCAGGGUGAAGGAGAAUGAGGUGCAUUACUUACACAAGGAGAUCGGUUGUCUGAGGAGUGAACUGCAGUUUCUGAACACGGAGAAACAGUCAGCUUGUGACCGGUAUAACGUCGUUCAGGAUGAGCUGAGUGGUGUAAAGGCCAGGAGUGAGCGGGAGAUCCAGAGCCUGAGGGAGCACCUGAGACUGGCCAUGACGGCGCUGCAGGAGGGCCAGAAUCUAGGCAACAGCCUGGAGCACUGAGACACUGCCCUGGGGGCUCUGCUCAGAGACGCAGAGUGAUAGAGUGAAACGGGAGAGGAGCGUGAGUCUUCACAACGGAAGAUGUCGGCUAGGGGGAGCAUGCUAGUGCCUUAGCUUUCAUUCAUUCAGCCAAUGAGUGGCAUAGAAUAGCAUCCGCUGAUCGGUCAUAUUACACUGGGGCGCGCAAAUAUCAAUCUGCACUUUUUUAUAAUUUUUUUUUUUUCCUUUUUUAUUGUGACUGUGCAAGACUGAGUGAAUGAAAAUAUUGGUCUGAGAAACUGGAACAUUUGUGGAAAGAUUCCUCUUGGUGUGAUGGAUGUGACCUGAUACAGUACCGUGUUACCUUUCUUUUCAUGCCUUUUGUACACUUACUGUUUACAGGUUUACAGUGGCCACCAUGUUAACAGUAGGUUUUGCAGGCUGGCUACUGUCAAAAGCGGAGUAAGAGUUAUGUAGUUCUCACCGAAAACCAACCAACUUUCAUCUCGGAGCAUGGCUUUGUACAGGUUAAUGUUCUAUGUCAACAGUGGUUGCUCUCAGUGGUUGUCAUUGUUUUAUUUUUACUUCACAGACCUGUAAGUAGCUUUACUGAGUGUAAUAUCAUGUGCAAGGUCUCUUUUACCAUUGGGAUUGAUACAGAAAGCCACAUUUGCGGUUUGUUACUGUAAAUUCCUGGGAAGCCAAAUUGGAAAUCGCAAUCAUUCCUAGUGUAUAGAUAAUCUGAAUAUGUGCAUUUUCUGUUAUACGGUGCCUUUUGUGUCUGAAAAAUUGCUUGUAGAACUAUAAUGAACUGUUGUCAUCUUGCAAGUUUUUAUUUUUUUAAUUAAAGUUGAAAUGUUACGAUCCCAUCCCUUCAACGUUCACCUCCAGACUUUGUGUAGAGAUGUUUGUGCCACAAAUAUGUAGUGUUGCAUCAAUGAGCCAAUUUCUUUUGAUUAGAUGAGAAUUUAGACACCAUGUGGUUUUCAUAUUUAAUGUGUAGGACAUGUAAUAUCUUUGUAAAGUACCAUCCUUUUACAGUCAAUAAAAUACAUGUUUAUA